AUGGGGCGUGUGCUCAUCCAGUCGCAGAGCAACCCUGGAAACUCUAGUCACGAGGCGCCCACGGGUGAUUCAAGGGAGACUCAUGCACCUCAUCUCUACAGCAACCCUGGAAACUCUAGUCACGAGGCGCCCACGGGUGAUUCAAGGGAGACUCAUGCACCUCAUCUCUACAGCAACCCUGGGAACUAUAGUCACGAGGCGCCCACGGCUGAUUCAAGGGAGACUCAUCCACCUCAUCUCUACAGCAACCCUGGAAACUAUAGUCACGAGGCGCCCACGGGUGAUUCAAGGGAGACUCAUCCACCUCAUCUCUACAGCAACCCUGUUAACUCUAGUCACGAGGCGCCCACGGGUGAUUCAAGGGAAACUCAUGCACCUCAUCUCUACAGCAACCCUGGAAACUCUAGUCACGAGGCGCCCACGGGUGAUUCAAGGGAGACUCAUGCACCUCAUCUCUACAGCAACCCUGGAAACUCUAGUCACGAGGCGCCCACGGGUGAUACAAGUGAGACUCAUCCACCUCAUCUCUACAGCAACCCUGGAAACUAUAGUCACGAGGCGCCCACGGGUGAUUCAAGGGAGACUCAUCCACCUCAUCUCUACAGCAACCCUGGGAACUCUAGUCACGAGGCGGCCCCCCCCCCCACGGGUGAUUCAAGGGAGACUCAUCCACCUCAUCUCUACAGCAACCCUGGGAACUCUAGUCACGAGGCGGCCCCCCCACGGAUGAUUCACGGGAGACUCGUCCACCUCAUCUACACCACCCCUGGGCACUCUAGUCACGACGCGCCCCCCCCACGGGUGAUUCAAGGGAGACUCAUCCACCUCAUCUCUACAGCAACCCUGGGAACUCUAGUCACGAGGCGGCCCCCCCACGGGUGA